AUGCUCGAAGACGGUAUGGACGACUCACCGGAAAUACUGCGACGAGAGUUUCAGCUAUACAUGGAAGAGCGUUUCCUGGCGGGACAUGAUUCCAGGUUUUUCGACUACGAUACGGUUGACAACGAUGUGUCCCUGGAUGAGAUAGAUGAAAUACAUGAGCGUGACAUGGAAGAAAAGUGGGCCAAACGUUGUAUUGAGACGUUUCUCAUUAGUAUGAUGACGAAGCCAAUCGAAGUGCGGUGGUAUUACCAUGGCCCGGAUAACGAGAUAUACGGUCCAUAUGCGGCUAAGGAAAUGAUGAUGUGGACUCAGUCUGGUUACUUCAACGACUCUCUUUUAAUUCGCACUGAACACGAGGAACGGUUCCACACUUUGGGCGAAUGGACGCGUGUUUGUGGUGGCAAGGUCCCCUUCGUGCUUCCGGUUGUGUCCAUGGAGUCCCUUGUUGGUCCUAUGGGUCCUCGUCUGAAUCCGGUAAUGAUUGGAAUGCUCCCGCCUGGUCUACCGCCACCGUUUCCUCCUCCAGUGCAUGGAAGGUAA